UUGGUCAUCGAAGAACCCCCAAAGACAUUUGGUACAUGUCUUCAAACCCAGCACUCUUACCACUACCACCAUCUCCUUCACCACCUCUCUCUGUCGUCGCAUCAACGCUCCAGGCUCACAUGUCCUCUGUUCACACCAUUCCACCAGCGACUCAAAACCAGAACGAACACCGGAAUCUUGAAAUAUCUGUCGCGUGGGAGGAUUCAACAGGCGACGAGAAGAGGUGUUGGAUUUGUUUUGUGGAGGAAAGGGAGGAGGAUGUGUCGAAAAAAGUCCGGUGGGUGAGGCCUUGCAAAUGUAAAAAUUCGUUAAAGUUUGCACAUGAAGACUGUCUUUUGCGAUGGAUAUCCGAAAAACAAGGACCAAUAACAACGGACGUAAAGUGUCCUGCCUGUGGACAUGUGUACGCCAUUGAAGAAUCUACCGACGUUGUUCUGGCAAUUCUGACAUUUGUAGACAAGUCCAUUCAAUCGGUGGUCCCGUAUGUCACGUUGGCCGGAGUUUCAAUGGCGUUUUACGUAGUGUCGACGACAUUUGGAGCAUAUGCAGUGAUGACCAUGUGUGGACCCGACGAAGGGGAACGGAUCUUGAGCGAAGCGAAUUGGGGAUGGAGAACAUGGAUUGGAUUACCGUUGAUACCGAUUGGUUUAGUGUGCUCCCGACUUACGGCAGCCGACGCUGCGCUCCCACUCUUGCCCUUUCUGGUUCUAGGAAAUGAUCAAAUCCGUCUCAGCUUGCCACCGUCCCCUGCACUGACGGUAUGUUUGUUACCAUGGGCGCGACUACUAUAUAAUGGCGUCUGGGCGACAAUUUGGCCCUGGAUUGAACGAAUUGGGAGACAUACACCCGCACGGAAUGGGGCGGUACGGAGUGGAGGAGCGGUGGGGCAGGCGGCAGUUGCGGGACAACAGGAAGACGAGGAAGAUGUGCAAGAGUUUUCGAUUGGGCGACGAGAUGGACAGAGGCUUGUAUUGGGAAGUUUGUUAUUACCUGCUGUAUCGUCUUUAAUGGGGACUCUAUUGGGUAGUAUUCCGUGGGUCCGAAACAAGGUCCCCGAUCCUUUUCACCGCAACAUUCUCGGAGGGUGCCUAUUUGUGGUAUGUAAGGAUGUUGCCAGUGCGGUGUACAGGGCACAUAGGAAACGACAGCGACGGACGAGGCGCGUAAGAGAGUAUCGCGGAGACUAAAUCGAAGGGAGCUUUAAUCGGCAUGGGGAAGCAUAGUACUAGCACCCGGAUUUGCAUGCUUGCGGCCAAUAUGUUGAACUUGCGUAAAAUGUUUUGAUGGGCCGUAUAUACGUUUUGGCAUAUCAUGGAGGGGUGCGCCUUCAAUAUAAUUUUUGAAAUGCUCG